GAGAGAGAGAGAGAGAGAGAGAGAGAGAGAGAGAGAGAGUGAGAGCGGAGGAUGACCGACCGAGAGAAAGUGCGGUGUCAAAGUCUGUGAUAGUAUUUAUUGAAAAAAAAAAACAACAUCGUUAUCAGUAGCACCUGUGGACGUGUCAUCUUCGCGAAAAAAGAAGAGGAGCGAUUGAGGAGGAGAUAUACAUACAUUAGCGAGAGAGAGAGAGAGAGAUAGAGGGAUAGGCUUUAUAUAUUUAUUUACAUCUGUGAUAUCGACGCUGAUAUACAUCAACCUUCUUCGCGAAAAAAAGGAGUCGAAGAGGAGCGAAAGAGAGAGAGGGAGAGAGCGAGAGGCGAGUGACGUGGUCGAGAGAGAGAGAGAGAGAGAGGGAGGGAGGGAGAGAGAGAAAGAAACAUCGCUCCGAAGAGAUUAUAUCAGUUUCUUAGUGGAUAGGGUUUUUUGUAUAUACGACUGACUCUUUUUUAUAAUUAUUACUAUCGGUGCGAGAGGAGCGGAGAACACGCGCUCGGACAAGAUCUCUCGACAGUGGUGAACCAGAAGAUUCUCCGGUCUUUCCCGGACGAUCGUUUCGCAAAGGCGACGAGAGUACGCGAGAGAGGAAACAUGGUGGAGAAGAUUCUGGAGGAACGAGAAGACGGCACUCAAGAGGCCGGACGAGGCGAUGGGACUUGCCGGGAUGUAGCCUCGACGGGGGAGUCUAUGAGCGCGGUGCAGGCCCGUCAGGAGGAGGCGAGACGCAAGAGGCGCAGGAAGAGACGCUCCGGCUCCUCUGUGGUGUCCUCCUGCUUCCAAGAACUGUACAAAUUGACUGGAGAAGUUCUUGGGGAGGGUGCCUACGCCUCGGUCCAGACCUGUACAUCUCUUUACACGGACCUCGAAUACGCUGUGAAGAUCAUCGACAAGAUCCCCGGACACGCGCGUGCCCGGGUGUUUAAGGAAGUCGAAACGUUUCACCAUUGCCAGGGCCAUUCAAACAUCAUACAGUUAAUCGAGUUCUUUGAGGACGAGGAAAAAUUCUAUCUUGUGUUUGAGAAGAUCAACGGUGGCCAGCUAUUGAACAGGAUUCAGGAACGGAUUCACUUCACUGAGAGGGAGGCGAGCCAGAUUGUCAAAGAGAUUGCGAGUGCACUCGACUUCCUUCAUAAGAAAGGUAUUGCUCAUAGAGAUCUCAAGCCCGAGAAUCUCCUGUGCGUAUAUCCGGACAAGUUGACGCCAAUCAAGGUAUGUGACUUCGAUCUUGGAUCGGGUAUCAAGUUCAACAACUCGCUGUCUAGUCCUGUGGCAACGCCGCAACUUUUGACACCGGUGGGCAGCGCCGAGUUUAUGGCGCCGGAAGUGGUCGAGGCUUUCAUCGGCGAGGCCAAUUAUUACGACAAACGUUGCGAUCUCUGGAGUCUCGGUGUUAUUAUGUACAUUCUGCUCUGCGGUUAUCCGCCCUUCUAUGGAAACUGCGGCACCGAUUGUGGUUGGAGUAGGGGAGAAAAUUGUCAGGCCUGUCAAGAGUUGCUCUUCACCAGUAUUCAGGAGGGCAGAUACGAGUUUCCCGACAAGGAGUGGAGAUGCAUCUCCGAGGACGCGAAAGAUUUGAUCAGAGGCUUGCUCGUUAAGGAGGCCCACCAGAGGCUCAGCGCCGAUAGUAUUUUGAAACAUCCCUGGAUUAAUCCCGGGCCGACUUCCGUCGAAACUGGUGAUCGAUCACUUACCACGCCUCAUAUCAUAAGGAGGAACAACUCCGCUAGAGAACUCUCAGCGUUCGCUGAGUCCGCAAUGGCUGUGAAUCGCGUGGUACUUCAGCAUUUUUCUCUAAAUCUCGAGGAGCUGGCGGAGAACCGAGAGCCCAGACUGUCCACGUCGUCGACCGAUGACGAUAAUCAUCCGUACGGUCACAUGUCCGACUCCAGCAGCGAAUUAUCCGAGAACAGCAAGCACUUGACGACGCAUUCAUCCAGCGAGUUUGACGGCACGCGACCAAAAUCCUGUUCAGUACGCUCCAGCGUUGAUUUGAACGACCCCAAGAUCAUCGGAAAGAAUCGCGUCAUCGGUAAGGACUCGCUGCAGAAUUGGUUUGGGCUAUCACCGCCGACCGAGAGUCGUCUGAUGCAACGCCGUUUGAAGGCACGCUCAGAUCUGCUCGAACGUCAAACCGGCAAAGCGGUAAUUGCGUCUCCGAGUGGCUGAGAGGUCGCUGUAGAACCGAUCACUUUUUCUCGCUACAGUAUCACUUGUCUCUUUGUAGCUACGUGAAAACGCAAACGAUGUACAAUACCUUUUCCAAUGGCUUAGGAAGCUAACGUAGCAUGUAAGUCGAGUCUCUGAUUCUGCGCGGAUAAUGAGAACAGGCUCAAUCAUUUACGAUAGUGACGACAGCGAUAAUAAUCGAAAAGUAUUCGCCGCGAAAAUAAUCGAACAGAAUAUUGUCGUUAUCUUCUUUUUUUCGAUAGUCCUAAGCUUCUUUUGUUUUAAACCUUUCCUUUUAACAGGCAGUUGGAUGAUAACCAGAUUGUUUUUAUUUCCAAAUAUAAGAUUUCUUUACUCUUAAAAUUAAUUAUAUAUUAAUUGAUAACGCGAUAGUUAUGACUUUAAAUAAUGUAACUAUUAAAAAAAAAAUGUUUGAAGAAAAAUGUAAAGUAUAACAUAAUGGAUUUGUAUAGAGAUUUUUGUUUAGAAUGUAAAUCAUAAUCGUAAUAUAAUAGUAUAUGCGCUGUAAACGCAUUGAAGUGUACCCUGCUGCGGUACAAAGGCGAUAUUUAUCAUAAUCGAAGCAAGAGGAAAGAUAAUAUACCACAGUUUGACUUCAAUCAUCGACGUUGCGCCUUCGCGCGCGAGUAAUUCUUUUCUCAUAUUUCAUGGAAAUAAAAGCAAGUCUGAUUUCUCAUCAAACGCUGUUAAUCGCGCUGCGUGUAAUUAUUCAUGCAGUCGUAUGUUGCAUAUUGUACAGAGAUAGCUACACAACACGCGCAUCGAACAUUGUAUCAUCAUUCGCAGAUACGAAUAUGAAUUUACAUACAUACUGAUAUACAUUUGAAUAUUUCGUUCAUUCGCACGUUUGACAUCGUGUUGUGCAAGUGAAUCAACAUUGUGGAUAAGCAUCCCGAGCAUGAUUCGGAACAGUACGUUGAUGUGUCAGUUGACACGGUCUUAUUUUUUUGCGUAGUAGUGUGUAUGUUAAGACACAUGCGCGCGUUUGUGUAUAGACAGAGUCUGGAAGGAAAGAAGAAGAAGAGGAAGAGAAGGAAAGUAAAGACCCUCGUGAUCGUGAUAGUUCGUGCGCUGCUGAACGCACGAAUGUCCUAUUACGUAAAUAUUAUUUUUAAUUUUUUUUGUUUGCUGAAUUCUUUAAAUUCGAAAAAGAAGAACAGAAAACGAUCGACAGACGCAACCGACGUAAGGCGAAAAAGAUGUUCCUCUUACUGCUUUUUUGAUAUUGUUUCACAUAUGUUCGAGCUGUAAUAUAUUCUCGAAUCGGAGCAAACAGGGGUGAGCGUAUCUCGGCCCACAGGUGCAGAUUUGUUUGCUCAUGUUAGAUUAAUAGAAACGCGAUAGAUCAUAAGUCGGCAGAUUUCAAAGCAACAUUUGAAUGAUUAGAAGUUACAAAAUUGGAUCAAAAAGAGAAAAUGGCUAGUUUGUUUAAAAUUUCUCAGUUGUUAAAUUACGGGAUAUCGUUUAUUGAUUUAUGUGUUAAAUGCGUUUUGUAGAGUUUUAUCGACCAAAAAUUGUUUUAAUGUCAACCCACCCACGAUAAUGCUUUAUAUCUUCGUACAAAUUAUUAUAUUUUGUCUUUUCUAUAAACUUUGUUCUAUUAUUAUGCACGAAUCUACAAAGCAGUUUGGUUCGAGUAAAAAUAAAUUAUCGAUAUACUUCUUUCUUACUUUAUCGUGUGUUUUAGAUCAAAAAGAAAAAAAAGUAUAUGAGAAAAAACUUCUUUCAUUCACAUCUUGAUGCGGUAGACAGAUUUUACUCAGGGCAGCUGGGAGACCCGCUGCGCACGUUAUUCUAUACUCGUACAAUUUGAAAGCGAUGAAGAUGGAGAGAGAAUGCGAAGAAGCUUAUCUGUAAGAUUUACAGAAUGCGGUCCCUCUGGAAUUAACGUUGGGGUUGUAUUGGCAUUUACUUUAGGAUUCCGGUAUCGUCCUUAGUAGAAACGUGUAACUCCGGAGGGCUGCGAGAGCAUAACAUGCGUUUGUACAUUGUAAUUGCAUCAUUGGAAACUUUCUUAGAGAGUCAUUCGCUUGCUAUAGGACAUGGCGGAUAUGGCUUUUGUCAACCUCUGUCUUCUUUGUAUUUUGUAAGUACCGGUAAGAUAAAGAUUUAGAGUUUAUAGCGCGCGUGGAUGAGAUUAUAUAUAUGAGAAUCCGUGUAAAUAAAAAAAAAGUUAUGAUGUGUAGAGAUACGGAAAGCAAUAUAUAUAAUGUGAGCUCUCUUAAGAGAAAAUAUUGGAAGAUUAAUAUAUUUAUCGGCCUCUUUGCGCAAGGUUGAACAACUUUUUGCGUCAUUCCUUAAGCUGUAUAACACAAAAUUAUCUUUCUACCAUAAAAAAAAAAGCUUAUUUUCCUGCUUGUCUUUUUUAAUUUGUCUUGCGCGAAGUUUCAUACAGUGUAAUCCAUUUUACACAUUAAGCAAUUAAGCAUGUACCGCUUGAAAAAGCUACAAAAUUGUUUAUUAUCUCUUCUAUUGGGUUCUGAAACGAAAGAAUUUUUCUUGUGUCGAUCGUGCGUUUUGGUAAAGUAUCAAUAUAGGCUCGAAUGUGAAUGCUCUUUCUUUUUCUUAAAAAAAAAAGAAAAGAAAAAGAA